AUGUCGGCACAUCUUCACUUCAAUUCAUCCAAUCAUCCCAGCAUCCGAGUCGGUCGCCGAAAACCACAUCCCGAUCUCCACCUCGCUCACGUCGUCCUCUCCACACCACCACGGCCGACAGCAAAAACCCGACGGUCUCAACUGCCGACACCGGGCGGGGAAAAUAUAGAAUUUGCUCCCCGUCCUCCCUCUCCCGGACACCGCGGAACGCACCCGAUGCCGCUCCAACGCAGAAGAAACUCUCGCGGGAGUCCCGGAUAUGUACCUAGCCUGCGGGUCAAUGCUGUGGUGACAGCGGGCUGCCGGCCGGUGUGCUAUCCACGUGGUGCAUGUCAGGCACAAGUGGGCCUAACAAGGUACGAGUCAGGGGCUGCUGGUCUUGAUUGGACACCGGGGAGUCCGUGCGGACUUGUGAAGAACGCUGCUUUACAACUACCGAAUAGUGUCUGCAUAAUGACUCUUUAUGAAGGCCGUUUCGGCAUAAUAACCUUCUCCGUUAGUCUCCUUUAG